AUGAAGAAACGCUUCACGGGACUACUGAGUCGUACCAAAAGUACGUCGCUACCUGCCCUUGCUGCCCACCGGUUGCGCCGGGAGAUGGGUAUUGACCAGAUCAGCUGACUCCCCCAAUAGGUGUGCGAAAAGACAACAGCAGCCAGCCCGACUUCUCCCAUGCGCCUGUCGACUCGCCCGAGGCCAAUGCUUCGCGAGCUGUACGACUGUUCUGCGAAUCGGGUUCCGCCAGCAAUGGAGGCGAGGAAGUACUUCACCUACCCGUCAUUGUAGAGUCCGCCGAGUCCUCGCCUCAAGCCGCCGCAAGCGCCGCAUAUCAGAUUCGAAAGUUCUUGACGAGAGACUGGGCCACGAAACCGCAUGUCCAAUACAACGCAAUCAUGCUUAUCCGCAUCCUGUGCGACAAUCCCGGCCCAACCUUCACUCGCAACUUCGACAAGGUUUUCGUUGGCGCAAUCAAAGAGACGCUGAGGAGUUCCAAAGAUUCGAGCACACAGCAAAUCCUUAGGGAGACUUUGGAUGCACUAGAAGUAGACAAGUCGCACGACGCCGGACUGCAGGAUCUGCUACAGAUGUGGAGGAAAGAGAAGGGCAACAACGCGAGCUUAGCCAGGAGUGCUAGGGUGUCGCAACCACCCCCGUCGGCGGUGUAUGGUGCAGCAUACACUCCAGAUCCUCAGCACGUGUCUGACGCGCAAAGGGGUGGGGGCCGCGCAGAGCAGUUGCCGUCCCAAGGCGAGCUGGCUAGUCGAGUUGAGGAGGCUAAGAACACCGCUAAGAUUCUGUUGCAGCUCGUGCAGUCAACACCGGUGGAAGAGGUGCUUCAGCAUGAGUUGAUCCGCGAGUUCAGUGAGCGAUGCCAGAGCGCGCAGCGUAGUAUGCAGACGUACAUCAACUGCGACAAUCCAGCACCGGACGACGAAACGGCCUUGACGCUCAUUGAGACAGUUGAACAGCUCAGCUUGGCCUUGAGUCGGCAUCAGCGUUCCGUCUUGGCUGCAAGAAGAGCCAUGGGAGCAACACCAAGCCCGAAUAAUGCCGCGGUGACGGAGAACGGCCACAGUGCGUUUGCCGCUCCCGUUCCUCAAGCAGCUCCCAUGCAGACCAAUGGUUUCGGCAGCCAGCCAAAUGGCCAACAGUACGACAUUCGGAACAGCUACGGUGGCUUUCAAGCACCGUCCGGGCCACCCCCGAACAUGGUCAACAGCCUCCAACAGCGCCAUACCCCACAAGAACACCAAGGAAAGUCCAGCAACCCGUUCGCGGAUCCCGUACAUCAUACUUCUAAUCCGGCCCCUCAUGCGUACGAAUCGACGAACUACGGCAGCGCCUUCGCUCAGCGGCCGCAGGAGCCAGCGCAGUCCUUCACCAUCGAGCCUGAACCCACUUUCUCCCCUCCUCAGCGUCAGAACACUGCUGAUCUCGAGGAUGCCUAUUCUGAUGGAAGGGUCUCGCCUGUAACGAAUCGCAGCGAAGCCAACACGAGCCCGCAGUCUCCUUCACGGCCGAAGCCCGGUCCUUGGCAUACGAGCGACGUGACACCGAGUUAUCUGGGAAGGCAAACCAGCGCGGCCAAUGGUUUGACGAUGCAUGGUGCAGAGCCACAGGAAAUCGACGGUUACAGCCAAGUUGGUAGGACCGGUGGUCACGAUCGGAGUGGAGUGAGUGCGCCAAAUACUGGAACCUCCGGCAGUAGUUUUGCCGUGAGCCCUGUGGAUUCGCGAACGGCGCAUACGAGAGGUUAG